AUGCCGCAACCAGCCCUUCAAGACCCUCGAUCUUACAUCAAGGCCCAGCGUCUACCGCUACCUUCACAUGUCGGGGCCAAGAUCGAGACCCGGGGGACCAGCAACUACAGAGCUGCGUCACCAAUGCGAAUCGAAGUGAGAAAUGAUAAUUAUUUCCGUCGCCUGCAACAGAUGAAAACAAUGGGAUUUAAUGCAGUUAAGCAUGAGGCCUACAUUGGCAUCGGUGACCCAUUUUACUUGGAUGAGAGAAAACUGAUUUUAAAUGCUCUUGGACAAAUGGAGGAGUCUAAAGACAUGGAGACAAGCAGUAGUUCUGAUGAAGAGGAUGGAGAACCUGCAACAGAUGCUGCGAACCAGAAAGGAAAAGGGGUCUCAGCUGCCAAGUUUGUUCUGCGUAGAUCCAGGAAGGAUCUAAACACACUGAAACAAGAAGUAUCUCACAGCAGGAAUCUGAUUCGUAACGUAAGACUUGGACAUGGCCUGUUUGACUUGAUAAAGAAAGAACGAGAAGCAAAGCAAGAAGAAGAAGAAAAACAAAACAAAAGAAAAGCUGAAGCCAUGAGAAAUGAGUGGCAGCCUCCGAAAACAGACACAUCUAGUGAUGAGGAAAGCUCUGAUGAAGGCCUUCUUGCUGAAGAGGACCUCAGCAGAUAUAUGGCCGAGUUCAGAAGGCAAGACAGUGAUGAUGACGACGAUUUUGGGAGAGGUAACAUUUCUGAUGAAGAGACUGCAGAACAAGAAAAAGGGCUCGUUCAGUUGUUAUCACGGAUUACACAGGAUGAUGAAGAGUCAGAAAUCCCCACCAGUAAGUCCAUCAUGACCACAUCAAGGCCUGAGAGCACAAGGAAGAAGAAAGUAAAAAUGCCUCGUCCUUACACACCCCAUCACACCAACAUCAGUGAGGCACGAGAUCAGGUUUCUAAGGAUUCGCUGUUCAGACAACUAUGCACUUUAAACUGGAUCCUGGACGCAAUGAAGCAAGAUUCUCCACAAAAUCUGCCUCCAAUUAUGUCCAGCUGGAAACUCAAUGAUAUCGGUGGGUUAAGAAGCCAAGAACAAAAAUCAAGGGAGAAAGAAUUUGAUGGUAGAUGGAAAGACUUUUUAACAAACCCUGGUGCAAAGAUAAGGAGAAGACGUGGAAUUUGGGGGCGCCAGAUGGUACAACUCCAAAUGUUCAGUGCUGUAGAAAGAUUUAGAAGGCUUGGACUUGAAAAUUCUGAAAAUAAAAAUAUAAGUAAAAGUCAGCGACGCAAUGCUCCCGGAAGAAUGGGGACCAAGCGAGGUUGGCUGACAUCUAAAAACUCUGUUUUGUCCCAUCCUGCUGGACUGACAACUCCAACUACAGCCAUGGGAUCUCUCCGACUAGGUGCCUCACAAGAUCCCAACCACGAUGAGUCCUCUGUCCCGACUUCACGUGCAGACUUUGAGGAAGACGAUGACCACCCCCAUAAAAGCCUAUUUAGGUUUGGAGAGAACCACAAUGCUAACACAGGACAUAAGGAAGAUGAGACUGAUGGUUAUCAGGGACGUGUGGACGACAUACAAAACGCAAAUUCUGGACAACGCAAGAAAGAAAAACGAUCGUCUGACAUGGAAACAACAAUACGUAGGAAAUCUGCAAGACUAAAAUCUACAGAGCUUUCAAAGAGUGUAGAGAAAGAAAGUUUUAGAAAUUCCCAGACGCCAAGAGAGAGAAUGUCUGCUCAGACGUAUCGUGCAGAGGUGAAUGUGAGACCAAAAAGUUCACCCCAGUUGCUUCAGUUCCAUGCGAACCGUCCUAGUAUUAAAUAUGGAAACCGAGUCAGUGAAUGGAGCAACACUUUCCGAGAACUUCAGGAGGACAAAGCCCUUACCUUACACGACACACUGGAGAAUAUGGACAGGCAAAAGAUGUCAAUAUGCCAAAAUAAGUUCAUAGCUAUCAACUCGAACCAGCAGGAACAUUUCCACAGAGCAGUACGUCAGAUGAGGGCACGGAGUGCUGCCUGCAUGUAUGGCAGCCCAACAAAGGAACAGAUCCAAAGAAAGAAAGAUGAAGCAGAUCAAAACAAAGGAAACUGGUAUUCGGAUUUGUUAAAAAAUAUACCUAUGGAACUGCAAGCUAAAUGGGAAUACAAAAACAUCAUGUACAAGUUAGCACGAUAUGGAUUGCUGGAGGACCACAAGAAACGAAGGAGAAUGGAAGGUUCCGGUCAGCAGCACAGCAUGCUGAAGUUUAUCAAGGUGCUCGGAACUCUCAGGGAAUGGGAGAUUUGCAGUCCUGACAUCAGUGCUGCCGUGGAGUUUGCACGGGAAAAAAUUAUUGACAUGAGUAUAGAAGAUUUUGAGGCAUGGUUCCAGACACAGUUCCCAAAGGUUGUGCGACCUCAAACAGCGCCACCUAGAAGUGAUAAGAAAGAGGAAAAUGACAGUAAAAGUCGGGACGGACGUACUAGUGUUACAAGGUCUUCAUUUACUGUCCGAAAUGCACAGUCUGCUUCUGUAAAAGGCAGAAAUGGGGCGCCACCUUCUGCUAAAAACAGGAAUGCCAAAUCUGCGGUAUACAGACGCUAACGUUUUAAACAUUCUUUAUCAACUCCAUCGUUUCAUAUGCCAUCUUGUUCACUGCCAGCCGUCAUAGUGUUGAUGUAACUGACCAGUA